AUGGCCCACUAUUUAUCACGACACCCACUUCCAGAAACUGGCAAAGACCACAUUGAGAAUCAUGUGAACGCAGUGAUCCAAGCAGAUCACGCCGUAAUCUGGUCGAAAAUCAAGAAAGCUAUUGCAGAAGACAAGGAAUUGUACGAACUGAUCGAAACGAUUGAAACCGGAAAUUGGAAUGAACCACUUUCCUGA